AUGGAUCCUUUCAUGCAACAACGAGCCACAAAGGCCUGGCACCGGAUUGGCCUUGUUUCCUCAUUGCCGGAACUCGAGAAUGACGACAGCUAUCGAAUGGCCCCAAAGUGCAAAGCCUUCAUGAUUCCGGCAGAUGGCUCCUCAGAUCCACAAGCUCCAGAAGAAGCAGACCUAGACAGUUCAAAAAAUUUGAAGGACCAGGUUCUUGUAUUCAAAUACCAAGGCAAAGUCCAUGCCACUGAUCAUCAAUGCCCUCAUGCUUUAUUUCCCCUUUCUCAAGGGAAGCUGUUUGAUAUCGAAGAUUUUGGUAUUAAGCUGAGUACUGGACUCACAUGUCCCAAACAUGGCUGGUCGUUUGAUAUUAUCACUGGCAAAGGAGACCGAGGCAACUAUAACCUCAAAGUCUGGGAAGUUCAAUUACGCGAGCCCUCAGAAUAUUCCAAUGCAGCCCCUGGUAGUGAUGAUAAGGAAGUCUGGGUAAGACGCAAGCAAAGAAUUGGCUAA